AUGGAAAACUACGAGAACCUUGGAAUCAUUGGUGAAGGAGCCUAUGGUGUUGUUAUGAAAUGUAGGCAUAAGGAAACAGGUCAAGUAGUCGCCGUUAAGAAGUUUAAGGAAUCUGAUGAAGAUGAACAAGUCAAAAAAACGGCACUAAGAGAGAUUAGAAUCCUAAAGAUUAUCCAUAGAGAUUUGAAACCAGAAAAUCUGUUGGUAUCGAAAAGUGGAGUCAUGAAAAUAGCAGAUUUUGGAUUUGCCAGAGCAUUGGAGGGAACUGGUGCAAAGUAUACCGAUUAUGUGUCAACGAGAUGGUAUAGAGCUCCUGAAUUAGUUGUAGGUGAUAGAGAAUAUGGAAAAGCUGUAGAUAUAUGGGCUAUUGGAUGCAUGUUAUGGGAAUUAUUGGAAGGACAACCAUUAUUCCCUGGAGAUUCUGAUAUUGAUCAGCUUUCAAGAAUUAUUAAUUGCUUUGGAAAAUUGUCAGAGAGACAAAUUGAAGUGUACAAUAAUAACCCAAUGUAUAGAGAUGUAGAUCUACCAAAACCAUCUUCAGAGGGAAUAGUUUCCUUAGAUAGUAGAUACAAAACAAAUAUUUCCAAAGAAGCUCUUUCUUUCAUCAAAUUUUGUCUCAACAUUGAUCCAAACAAGAGAGGUACAUAUGAGGAUUUAUUGGAACACCCAUACUUAAAGGGAUAUUCAGAAUGGUACAAUACUGACUUCCAACAACUAUUAGAUCAAGACAAUAUUUCUCUUAAUUCAUGGAAAAAACCAAGGAAGGAAAAAACAGAAAGAAAAGGUUCUGUUGUCUACAUUGAUGAAGAGAAAUUCGCUAAAACAAUGAAGAAACACACGAGAAAAGAAGAAGUAGAACCACCUCAAGAAGUUCAUCAUGAAAUUCUUCCAGAUAUCACAAGUCUGAAAGCAAGAGGAUUGGUAGGCCUUCCUUAUCUUUCAGAUAUAAAAAAAGGGGAUAAGGGAGAAUUGUCACAACCAGAAGAAGAUGGUCCUCAAAGAAGUCCCUCACCAGUUUCUCAAUUUUUACCUGAAUUAAAUGAAGUGAAAAGCACCAAAAAGAAGAAACAUAGAAAAAAGAAACCCAACAAACCAUCACAUGUACAAACUCCUCUUUCGACGAAGAGGCCUUCAACUAACCAAUCUUCCCUGUACUCACGAUGA